AAAAUUAUUUAUCAAAGUUCACAGCCAAGGUUUCAGUGAAACGAUAAAAAUGUUUAUUUAAUUUUCAAUCUAAAAAACUUCCGGGGUUCUACUUGAAUGGUUUAGAAUAAAUAAAAGACCAACAAGGAACGUCGUUUCAUUUGUCAUUUUCGUUUCGUUCGAUACGUUGUAAACGUUAGGUUAAAUAAUUUAAACGAAUCACAAAUGGACAAUUUAAAAUGAUGAACGAGAAGAGUUCGGUGGAAAGUGUUCUGGAGAAAAUAAUAGAAAAACUCCAAGUUGGAUGCGAUCAGGAAAAGGAAAUUGUUAAACGUUCGGUUAAGCGAAAACUCGACGAUAUCCUCUCGACGAAUAAAAGACGUAAAUUAACAGCUCGCGAGUCUUUCAACGACCUACAUUGCCGCAUUUGCUACGAUACCACUCAACAGUUACCCGUCAUUUAUCCUUGCAAAUGCAAGGGAACCAUGGCCGCGGUUCAUUUGAAAUGCCUGGAACGCUGGCUAGAGGAAAGCAAUAGAAACAGUUGCGAAUUGUGCGGACACCGAUUCGUCGUCGAACGCACGCCACGUUAUCGAGUCGUGAAUUCCAUCGUGAUUUGGCUGUGCCUGAAUCAACACCACCAACAAUUGUACGUUCGCAAUUUGAGAUCCGACGCGAUACGAAGCGUCAUCGUCACCCCUAUGGCGAUCGGUUGCUGUUACGUUUGCGUAGUCGCCGCCGACUUUUACGCGAAAAAUAAUUACGAUAAUUUCCCUUCGGCGCAGUGGGCCACCUACUUAUUAUUAACGAUGAUGUCCUUGUUAAUUUUGUCGUAUUUCGUGUGGAUGUACAUGGCGAUACAGUAUCACCAAAAAGUUUGGUUUUAUUGGUGGCAAAAGACGAGUACAGUAAGAAUUAUAUUAGAUCCCGAAAAUAGAACUCCGAUAAACUAUAAAUUAAACGUAUCACAAGUUUAA